AUGAGCUCCGUGGUCAUCAACGAUUUUGACGACAUCUUGAAGGUGAUAGCCAAGGCCCUAUUUACAAAUUCAGACAUCGAUGAUCUCGGAAAAGCCUUGGGAUUUGAAGACGCAGAUAUUGGUCGCGCAAAUGAUGAAAACACCAGACAAGGAGGGAAUUAUAUGGGGACAUACGGUUUGCUCAAGAAGUGGCGAAGGAGACAAACAUCUUUGACGGAAAAGGCGGCAUUGAGGUCAGCACUAGUACAUGCUGGAUUUCAUGACCUGGCAAGCAAAUAUCUAAGCACUCCCAUAACCGAACUGAUUAUGCCACAAACACCCUCAGACGAAUCUGGGAAGCCCCCGAAGGUAUUCCUGAGCUACCAAUGGGACCACCAGCUGGAAGUGAUAGCCAUCAAGAAGCAUCUCGAGAUGGCAGGAUUUCCUUGCUGGAUGGACAUAGGUCAGAUGGGUGGAGGAGAUAAGUUGUUUGCCAAGAUCGACGAUGGAAUAAGGUCUUCCAAGGUGGUGCUCUGCAUGGUGACUGAGAAAUACUCAAACUCGGAAAACUGUAACAAAGAAGUGAAUCUUGCAAAUCUGCUGAAGAAACCAAUCAUUCCCGUCCUCAUCGACAACACCCAGUGGCCCCCCAAGGGCGCCAUGAGCAUGCUCAUUGGAGAGCUACUCUAUAUCCGGUUCUUUAACAAGAAAGAAUACGUGAGAGGAGAAAAGUUCUGGGAGGAUGCCAAGUUCUCAGAACUAUUGGGUCAGAUAUCCUACCAUGCUGAGAGCAUGGUCACUGAUGAGCAACAACCGAGACCGACUCCGGCAGCUUCAAUGGAGCAAGGUGCAAGCUCCUAGUAUCAGGAGAGAUCAAGCAAAAGAGAAGUAACGAAAAAGGAGAUCGUCAAGUUAUCCAAACUUCUACCCGAUGGAAAAUACAGCGAGCUGUGCGGAAUUUUAGGAUUCAAAUUCAACUACAUAAAAAAAAUAAAGAUGAAAAAUUUCAUGGACUCCACGGCUGCUUUCGAAGAACUAUUGCAUGAAUGGAAAGACGGCGGUGGUUCAAUGGAAAAUCUCGAUGACGCUUUAAAAGAAGCAGAACUUGGAGGACUUGUAUCUGAAUACAAAAAUUAGUCAUGACAAGGAGGGUGUAUGGCACUUGCUCCUGCGACAAAUCUACGUGUCACCUCUAUACACUAUAACCGAAUUAUAACGUUUCCUGAUGACCGUAGCGUUUGACGAUUUGUGUAAUGUAGUAUAGAUAAAAUGACUGCUAUGAGAGGGAUAGUUUUUUCUAUAGGCUCAAGGGGACGUUACAUCCUGAUAUCACCCCGAGGCGUUCCGAGGUGUGAUAGCAGAAUGUAACGUCCCCCAGAGCCUAUAAAAACAAAUAUGCCGUGAAUAUUAAAGCAGUCUUUAUAUCUUUUAUAUACCGAAUUGACACAAAAAUCUAAUAAGAAUUUUUACUUGAUCAUUUUCUUGAGUAAAGAUUGGUUUUAAAAAAAAUACAGAAAAUCUGAGACACUGACUAUUAAUCUUAGCUGGAAAUAUGACUGAAUGUUACAAUCAUUUGGGGAUCGCAAACAAAAAUCUGUGUAUGGUAUCCGCGCUCGCACAAAGUCAAAUUUCACACGUAAACCAAUCAGCCAGUUCACGGUUGCAGUCUGAGCAUGAGCAGAUAAAGGUCAU